AUGAAGGUCUCACCACUCACUCUUUUGCCACUCCUGGCCGGUGUCGGCAGUGCCGUGCCAGUCGGCAUGUCCAAGCGUCAACAGAACUUGGAUCUUGAUAUAUUGCAGUUUGCGUUGACGCUUGAACAUCUUGAGAACGUCUUCUACAAGGAAGCACUCCAGAAAUUUGACCAAGACGCGUUCGAAGCAGCAGGCUUUGACGCACACUUCUUCAACAACAUGCUCUUCAUCGUGCAAGACGAAGAGAAGCACGUACAGCUCCUGUCAGGUGCUCUCACUGCUGCUGGUGCCACGCCAGUGCAAGCCUGCAAAUACAACUUCGGCAUAACCGACAUUAAUUCAUUCGUCACUCUUUCAACAAUAUUAGAAGGCGUCGGCACAUCCGCCUAUCUUGGAGGAGCACCAUUACUCCAGAACAAGGACAUCCUCACCACAGCUGGGGCUAUUCUCGUCGUGGAAGCACUGCACACCUCACAACAGCGAGCACCAAUUGGACUCGUACCUGCUGCUAAUGACCUCGGCACCCCUCUCGAUGCCAAUUCGGUCUUCACCCUUGCUUCUGCAUUCAUCACCGAAUGCCCAGCAGGCAACGCACCAUUGCCGUUCAAGGCGAACCCGAAGCUAUCAGUCGAUACUUCUAGCUGCCCUGCUGCUGGAGCUGCACCUCCGGCUCCCGCUGGCACGGUGUCACCCGCUGUCCACUCCAGCGGUGUUGCUCCUCCCGCAGCCGCAUCCACCCACAGCGCAAAGAACAAGCGCAGCAUACACAUUCAGACCGGCCUCGUUGGCCUGAUCGAUCCCACCAAGGUGAACAACGCCGCAGCUGCUCCACCAGCACCCCCUGCUGCUGCUCCUCCUUCACCUCCAUCGCCGCCUGCUGCUGGCAACGGCGGCAAGGUCACCGCAGCUCAACCCUGCCCCUUCGCAUCCCAAGGUCAGCAGAUCUCAUUCAAGGGCGAGUCCGAGAUUCCAGCAGGAUCAUUCGUCACUUUCGUUUCCGGCCUGUCGGUCACCAGCACGCAAGCCACCAUUUCAGGCCAGUCUGCUUCGGCCUCCGUGCCAGCUGGCAUCAUGGGUCAAUCGUAUGUUUUCAUCACGAACAAGGAGAUUACGGAUAACAAGCUGGCGGCGGAUGCUAUUCUUAUGGGUCCUGCUAUUCUUGAAGUCCAACCUCCUGCAGCAGCAGUCGACUUCAGUGUGUUGUGA